AAAGACAUUAAGAAUGCUAAGUUUUAAACAGGGAACUUUCACGAAGUAUAUAUAAAUGAAGUGUUCAAUAGAAUUUGAGACAUCUUAGACAUUGCGCUUGUUGCGAGUGAUUGUCAAUAAAGAAUAUCGUUUCUAUUAGAACUUAAGUAGUUAUAAAAUGCACGCCUUAAACUCUCUUCUCGCAACACUAUUGUGGUUCGGUUUUCUGUCAAACGUCAUCUGGGCGCAAAAGGAGCUGAGACGUGAUGAAACCUAUCCGCCACCGGAGCUGUUGAAGGCACUACAACCGGUUCACGACUCCUGUGUUGCCAAGAUCGGAGUAACAGAAGAGGCCAUAAAGGAGUUCAGUGAUGGUGAUGUACACGAAGACGAGCUGCUGAAGUGUUAUAUGUAUUGUGUGUUUGAAGAAACGGAUGUUCUGCAUGAGGACGGUGAAGUGCAUUUGGAGAAGAUACUGGACAGUUUGCCAGAGUCAAUGCAUGUUAUAGCUUUGCAUAUGGGCAAGAAAUGUUUGUACCCGAAGGGUGACAAUAAAUGCGAACGCGCGUUUUGGUUGCAUCGCUGCUGGAAGGAAGCGGAUCCAAAGCAUUACUUCUUGAUCUAAAUAUGCGUUUGAUAAAAGUUUGACACCCCGCUUCGUUCAAGGCCUUUCUUUUGAUAUAGUAUAAGUUGACUAAUUGCGUAUAUUCGCGAGCGCUCGAGUCUUUAUUGUAGUUUUUUUUUAUUUUUUUUAUGAUUUUGAAAUAUAGCAUUGACGAACAUUCCAAAAAUGAA